GGGUCUACAGCUUCAGCAUUGAAAGCUAUAGAUGUUAGUAUAGCACAGGGUGCGUCAGUGCUGCUGAAUGCUUUCAGCAGCAGCAGCAGCAGCAAAGCUCUACUGCGAGCGUUGUCUUUUGCUGCGAAAGCAAAUGGAGGGAGAGGAACGCUUAUUAUAAAUGCAGCAGGAAAUGAUGCAGAAGACCUCAGUAUACACCCCAGAUACCCUGCAUCCUUCGAUAUCCCAAACGUUAUCAACGUGGCUGCUGCUGCUCCUAGCGGUUCGCUUGCAGACUUCAGCAACUACGGGCUGCCUGUACACCUCGCAGCUCCUGGAGACAAAAUUUUCUCUACUGAUUCUCCAGAUGGUUAUACUUACAGAUCCACCACCUCUGCUGCAGCAGCAUUUGUCUCGGGCGCUGCUGCUCUGGUGUACAGUUGGUUCGCUGCUGAGGGCAGCAGCACAACAGCAGCAGAAGUGAAGGAGAUACUGAGGGUUUCUGCUGCAGCAGCAGAAACACUGAAAGACAAAGUUGAGUGGGGAGCGCAAGUCGAUGCAGAAGCUGCCAUCCAGGUAGCACAGUUAGGAGGCAUGUGGGUGCAGAUUGACUGCAAAGAUAAACACUUUUCUCUCCCACCAGGAGGAACGCGCGUUGUUACGGUGUAUGUACAGCCUUUCUUGUCUGGAGAGUUCAAGCGAAAUGCAGCAGAAGACCAAAUAAAUAAAACUUAUGAAGAAGCUCUCAAGUCCGGAGUAGAUGAAGAUGAAGAUGAUGAAGAUAAUGAAGAUGAAGAAAGAAGAGAGAGAGAGAGAGAGAGUGAAGCACCUGUAGACUCAUCCGAAGAUGAAUCUUAUGAGUAA